GCUGCGUAGAAACAUGGGGGCCGGCCGCAUCCGGCGGCUUUCCCGGCAGGUCCAGCGUAGGGGAGCAUGGGAGCGUGGGAGCCUAACGGUGGCGGCGUCUUUCGGUCUCGAGUCUCGGCUGGGCGUCGCUUUCUGUUGCUGUAGCCUGGUUAGCGGGAGGCUUCCUGAGAUCUUUAGUCUCGGAGCCAUAAGUGGGGCCCGGCCGGCCCGGGAGUCGGCCUUUACGAGGCUGGGCCGGGGAGAGGAGUCAUAGGCUCAGGUCUUAAAGGGUGUGGGGAUGCGAGGGGGUGCGUGUAGGAGCUUGGCAGCCGAAUUGGCCCCUCCAAGUACUAUUUUCUCCCUUCCAAUAUCUGUUGCGAAGUCCCUGUGGCGACUUGAAAACACUACCACUCCUCAACAUGGCAUCCACACUCUCUACAUCCGGGGCCCAGGGGCCAGUGCUGUUUGAGGACCUGGCUGUAUAUUUUUCUCAAGAGGAGUGUGUGAGUCAGCACCCUGCCCAGAGGUCCCGCAGCAGAGACACGCCACAGGAGUGUUUGGAGGAUAUGGCAUUGAUGGGAGGAGAAGGCAAGAUUGAGAUUAAUCAGAAGCUAAGGCUAGAAUCUAUGGGACUUGAAGAGCUUGCCCUAGAAAAAUACUCCAUUGCUGUGCCCCUUGCCUAUUACCCAGAAAAAUCCUCUGAGCAUGGAGUUGGAAACCUUGAAAGGAAAAUGUCAGGUAGAACUCCUGCUUGCAAGAAAAGUUUCAUAAGCCUUUUAGUUACCAUUGAAAACCACACCCCUUUGAUAGAACUAUCUCAGUGUUUAGGAACCAGAGCACUUUCUGAAAUUCUUGAAUUUCCUGGGGAAGAAGCCAAAAAUUCAUACAAGUGUCCUGAAUGUGACCAAAGCUUCAGUGAUAGCUCAUACCCUGUUUUGCAUCAGAAAACGCAUUCAGGAGAGAAAAAGUAUAAAGAUUUUUGGGAGAAGAUUUUCAAUCACAGAGCCAACUUGAGAACACACCAGCGAAUCCACACCGGCGAGAAACCGUUUAAGUGUGCCGAGUGCGGCGGCAGCUUCCGCCAGCACUCACAUCUGUCUCGGCACAUGAAUAUCCAUGUAAAGGAGAAACCCUACACCUGUGGCAUAUGUGGAAGAGGUUUCAUGUGGCUCCCAGGAUUGGCACAGCAUCAGAAAACCCACACUGCCAAAAAAGCCUGUGGUAAAUAUUUUGGUCAGAAAACAAAUCUGGCUUUGCCUGAGAAAAGGCACGGGUCAGCCAGCCGGCACCCAUGCAGUCUGAGCAGGAAAUGCUUUGGGCAGCCCUCGCACUUGGCCCUCCCCGAGUGGGGCCACGAGGACAACCCUGAACACUGCAGCGACUGCGGGGAAAAUUUGCUUUCAUUCUCAAAAUUCGAACCCUUAAAGCGUCCUGAGUGUUCACUGACCUUUCUUCGUAUCUCUGAGCUUAUCUCCCAUCAAAGCAUUCACAGAGGGGAAAAGCCCCAUAAAUGCAAACCCUGUGCAGAAUGUUUUAUUUUGGACUCAAAGCUUGCAUGCCACCAGAAGAACCACACAGGAGAACCUUUUAAGUGUACCAUGUGUGGGAAAAGUUUCAGGUUGAAAACACAUCUCAUUGUCCAUCAGCAAAUCCAUGCGCAAAACACCACGUAAAUAUAGCAAGUUUUCAUUAAUGCUUGUGCUUCUCAGUAUUUAUACUGAAAACUGGGGCACAAUUACCCUUUAUGUGCCAGGUACUGUGCUAAGCAUUUUACACACAUUCCAUGUAAUAUAUCAUUUAAUUUUCACCACAACCUUGAUUUAGGCACCAUGAUUUCUGUUUUAUAAUCGAGGAAGUAUAGUCAGUGUCACAGCUACUGAACAAAGCCAGAAUUCUAACUCAGUAGCUCAGUUACUAUCCAGAUUCCAUUUGUAUGAGCUGGAGAAAGAUACAGAACUUACAAAAAAAAAAUUCAGUUUUCACUAAAAUGAAGGUUAUUGCUAGAGUUCUUUUAAUUUUGUUUACAUGAUUUUUAAGUAAGUUUUAGAAGGCAAAUUUAUUUAUUUGCUAGUUCUGCAGAUCUAGGAUCUAGGAAAGUAAGUACCUUUAUAUAUAUUUUAUACUUUUUUUUUUUUUUUUUGCUGUAACAAUCAGAAUGUAAUGUUUGUAUGAGAUCAUUGUUUUACAUAUGAAUUUCUGGAGGGGUUUGGAAGCUUUUUUCCUUCCAUGUGAAGUGUUCCCAAAUGGGUUGGACUAGUUAGUGUCGAGGUGGCUGUUAGUAUCCGUGAAGUUAGUAUCCAUUCUCAGAUCUGAUGCCACUGGCCUUUGUGAUUCAAGUGUUUGGAAUCACACUUAGUGAUUCCAAAGCACUCCCUUAGUGCUUCAUCCCAAGCCUGACUUACGUAUAUGGUUACAAAGCAACUGAAAGACUGUUCAGGACUUGAGGUUCAAACUCCAUCCCUAUAAUCAGAUUGCAAACUCUACAGAGUGUAGUUUUAGUUUAGUUUAGGUUUUAGUUGAGUUUGGUUUAAGAAAAAAGUUUUUCUUCCUCAUAUCCAAAGAAAGAUACAUAUAGAAAAUUGUUAGAACUUAAUCAAAAUACUUGAAAAUAUAUAGGUCUUUAGAUACUGCUGUUACAUGUAAAUACUGGAGCAAAAUAUUGUUAAAUGGAAUGGUUAUUAAUGUUAAAGAACCAGGGGAUCUUGUAAAUGUUACAUUCAUGUAGAAUUUCUCUUUAAAGCAAAAUUGUAUACCUAUCAGCAAAGCAGCAUUUAAAGGGGUUUUUGAUUGGGAUGUGAGAAUGGUCUUAUUCUAUAUAAAUGGUAUAAAAGUAUGGCAUUUACUAAAAUGGGAUUAUCACUGGGAAACCUCAGGAGUAAUAAUAGACCUCUUUAGGACUAAUUGGAGGAAAGUAGUACCUGGAAGGUAGGGUCUUUCUACUGAACAGCAGAUUGAGAACUGAAUGUACAAAAAGGUGCUGGCUACUGCUGUAAGUUCUUAACAGUGAUUAGAGGCAGGAAGAUUCUGUUGGUGAGGAAAAGGGAAACCAAUAGCCCUAACCCAGCUCACCCACUCCUUUCCCCCUUUUCCUUCUUCUUCUUUUGCUUCUUGUUUGCAGAUCCACAGUUGAGACCCUGUGCUCUGUAUGUCAAGGUCACACUUGGCUCAUUGUUUCCGAUGUCUCCACUCUUAGGAUACAGGACACCAGUCUGCCGGGCCUUUGGGGUCUCAAAUAAAAAAGCGAGGUCUCCUAUAGGUUCUUCAGCAAGUCUCUCUGUCUGAGGUGUUUAGAAUUGUGUAGAAAGAUGGUCUCCAGUUAGGUUUCUUAUCAGCCAGCUCUGGGAUAUAAAGACCUUUGCUAAAUAUCAUAAAGUACUGCCUCCCUGCUUUCCUGCUUCUGCCUUCCGUGGGAGCAGCUGGCACAGUGUACCAUUGGCACAUAGUAGGGGCUCCCAUAUUUCAGUUAACUGAAGAGUUGCAGGGUCGGGGAUGAAAUUGGGAAAGAGGUCCCUAGUAGCAGAGUUGCUGCAGAAAGAAGUAGAGAAGACUAUUUUAGAAGGCAUGUGGACAGAGUGGCGCUGACCUGAAACAUGGAAGCUGUCAUCCUUUCCUUUGUUCCUAAGAAAGUACAGGGGAAGGUGAAAAUUCAUACCAUAAAUGACGUUCUGCACUCAGCAUGGGAAGUUACCUUUCCAGAUGAGGUUUUCUUCACAAUUAACUUCAGUUUUUACAUUUUUAUUUUCUAGAUUUUGGAAGAUUAUGCCAAACCUCCAUAAGAGAUUAGAAAAAUAUCUUUUACAAAGACAUUAAUAUAUACAUGAGUAUAAUUAAAAUGCCUUUUUGGUGUAAUAUUGUUAAUGAUUGUUAUGCGGAGGAAAAAAAAAUCCCUGAGUGUCAGCUACUGUGAAAGAGGCAUCUUUUCAGUUGUUGCUUUAUUGUGCACUUGCACCUAAAUCCAUUUGCUGGAUGUAAUUCGAGCUGCUCUGAGCCCAAGGAGUUGAAGGAAGCGGUCAGUAUUCAUCAGUGAGACCCAUGCUGGUUUUAUACAGAUGGAUUUUUCACCUUCUAUUUACAGUGUUAACUGACAGAUUCCACAGAUGGUCAUUAAUUUAGAGACAUCAUUAGCCUACCAUGUUACUUUCAAUGAAUACUUGGAUGAAAGUUAAUAUAGGGAUGAAAAACUAAAUGCAGGAGGUUAUUGCUAGGAACAGUUGGUUCACAACAUUUUGCAGCAUGGAUGUUGACACGGGCAGAGUGAAAACUUUGUACUGAAGAAUUCAAUUGUUGAACAAAUUUCUUUGGUUUUGUUGUUGAUGCAGUGAUGAAAAUGUGUAUUAAAGUCCUUAAUGUGAUUGCUGGACUAUCAGGUUCUCUAACAUACAUCAUUGAUGAAACAGCAUUAUUCCAAUAGCAUGCAGAUGUUAACAGUUUACAUUUUGUAAUUAAAGAAACUGUGGAAUUUAAUUGUUAUUCUUGAAGGAGUUGAACUCAAAAUAGUUUUGUUUACAGCGUUGUUGCAGUAGGUAAUAGUCUAUUCACAUCUCUGCAUUUAACAUAGAAAAUGACUAACCCAGUAAUUCAGGGAGUUAAAACUAAAAACAAGUGACAUUUCACAGCAAAUGCUGUUCUGAGUCUUUGACUCCUGUGAUUCCAUAUAAUUAAGUGGCAUUGUUCUGAUGACUGCAGCAUGUCAUACAAUCUGAUACUGCAGAUUUUGCUCAAAGUAAUCUGCCAAUUUACUGCAUAUGUGUACUAAGCAGGUUAUAGUUUAUCUGAAUAAAGAGUCUAUUUGAAAGUUCAUUAAACUUGUUAAGCCUAUAGGAUUUCCGUUGGAAAGUGUUUUUGCUUGGACAUCUGUUUAAAAAGUAACUAAAUAAUCUUCAUUAGAAGUGUUUAUAUUCAUCUGUUUUAGUUUUGUAGAUAGAGCUAUUGAUCUGAUAUCAGGAUGACCAUUAUCCAUCUUUUCACGGCCUGACUACAGGUGUUUUGUCUUAUUUUUUGACAGCCUUCUUUGUAUUAACAAUCUAGGGAGUGUGGGGAUAUGAUAUAAAUAUACAGUUAUAUAAACCUGAGAAUAUGCUGCAAUCUCUAGUUCCUUUGGAUACCUUAGAAGUAAUAUGUUUGUUGGAGGCACUUGUGCUGUUUGUUUAAUGUUUGGAUUUUACAGUUUUUGGUGUAUUCUCAUCAGUCUUAGCUCUAGAGUUCAAGCUCUCACUGGGCAGUGAUUACUGUCUGAUGUGCAAAUUGGCAUCUAAUAAAUGCUUUUUUAUGAUGAUGACAAUGAAGUGAACUUUAAAAUUUUUUUUUUACACUUUAGUAGUUUGAGAUACCAAUGAGUUGUGACAUUGUGUGGCAGGAUUGUGGCUUGGAAGGGGUUAAUGAGUGACUUCAGCCGUUUAAUAAUGGAGGUAAAAUCUUUUGCUCGCCGAAGUCAGAAGAAAACUCCAGCACAGCUCCCGGGAGACGGCGUUAGACGUCAUCUUCCCUUCCAAUCUUUGCUCCACGACGGCUAUACCUCCGGCCACGCAGGCCACCAAAGCCCUGCGUGGGCCGCCGUCUGGAGCGGGGGUUGGAGCUGAGGACUCGUGGAGUAAGGCUCCCAGAAGGCUUUGCGAGGCCUGGGAGACCUUGCGGCGCUCGGCCACCGGCAGCGCAGGCCGGCGGAAACACCAACGAGACGAGACGCGCUAGAGCGGCCCACAAGGCUGGGAAUCGAAAGUCCUACGCUUACUUCCGUCGCCCUAUUCCGGCGGCAGAGCUGCGCGUUCCUGUAGCGGCCGUGUUGCUCGGCCAGGCUCCCAGCCCACCUCCGCCACCUAACGAGAGGCGGCCUCUGCAGAACCCGAGCGGAGCGGGUGAGAGCGUCUGCGGAGGGCUCCUCUGGUCUCUCCCUCCGCACCAGCGGGAAGGUUACGCGGGUGGGCCAUCCCGAAUCUCGCACUGGUGACGGGAAAAGGAGCCCGGCGCUACCUCCUGGGCCCUAACCCUACUUUGGCAACGCGAAGCUAUGGGCUCGCCCUGUUUGUCUCUUAACUUGAAAGGGACGCUUUGAGCUUCUCACUUGUCCUGGGUAGAGUGUCU